UUUGACCGAUCCCACAUUGUUGCUCGUUGAGAGCUUCAAAAUCAUUCUUCUGUAUCAACAAGACUCAUGCAGAGCACUUUUUCAAAGCCUCAUUUGUAUUCAUCGAACAGAAAUUUGCAAUCUAAAGAGAAGAAAGACGAUAAGUUUUGUAAGUUGGAGACAAAAAAGAAAAGACGCGAAAAAGGUGAAAAUGUUACCUGGUUGAAAAGGCAGUCGCAGCGAGAAAGCAUUACUUUAUCAAGUUUAUGGGCUAGUACGCCUGAAGUUCCGUCCUCCCCCAUUUUGAACAUUGUUUCUCAAAGGCAAGCUCAAUAUGAUCCAGUCAACGACACGCAGUCCUCUGUAGACGGAGAACAUUCUUCUCGACCUAGCCAUACAAACAAUGGUAUGGUCCAGUUUGAGAAUAUUGCUGCUUCCGAAUUCGAAGAAGAAAGAGUUGGAGGGGAUUGUUCGACUUUAUCAGAAAGUGGUUUCCAAAAUGAUGAAGAUACUGACGAGUUUGGUCCUCCACUUCCAUCUAAACAGGAACGUAUUACAGCGGCAAACUAUGGACAUAACCUGUUACCCGGUGAAGGAAGUGCCAUGGCUGCAUAUGUGCAGGAAGGAAGAAGAAUUCCGAGAAGAGUCGUAACCGCCGAAUGGAAGCAAUACGAAUACGUAAAGAGAAUCAAGUUUAUAGUGCUGAGCAAGAAGCAGCAACAGCAACGUUGAACUUUGAAAAGAAGAAAGAGCGGGAAACUAGGAUUUU